UCAACAAUGGCAGCGUGACUUUACAAAGUUUAUUUUACUGCGGGCACCUCGCGUCCGUGUUACAGCACAUCUGAUAAUUGUGCGUACUUUUUUCCAGGGGUUUAUGAUAUGUUAAAUCAGACAUGGUGGUUUGUUUCUUGAUCCACACGGUGUGUCCGGUGAGCGCGCUGUCCGCAGGCGAGACUCGGAUACUGUACGCGCGAGUGUUCGGACCGGAGACCGGGGAUGGUUGUGACUUCACACCCGAGCAGAGACGACUAAUGCAGAAAGAGAAACUUCACGUGGUAGCGAGGCAGGUGAGGAGCGCUGUGGCUCUGAGCAGGGAGGCCUCAGGUGCUGUGUGUGUGGAGGCAGUGCUGGGUGAGGAGGCUGCAGCUCUGGGUGAAGCCGACAGCGGUGUGUUUUCCCUGGGAAGCGCAGAGCUCUUUCCAGAUCGGAGUGUUGUUCUAUGGCUGGGAGUUCAGUCUCUAGCAUUCACUCUGGUCUGCAGUCCACAUGAGAACCUCCUGCUCGCAGAGGGAAUGCUUCGUAACAUUGCACGUCACUGUUUAGAGGAGCUACGUCUGCUGGGACCUGGUGCUGAGGUGCUGCUGAAAAGUGAUCGAGUGGAUGCAUUGUUGCACAGACUGCUUCCCCAUGGUCAGCUCCUCUUCCUCAACCAUCGGUUUGCUUUCGCUCUGGAUAAAGAGAUAGCGAGCUACGUGAGCAAAUGAAACAGUAUCUGAGAUGGCUGAUUGACAAGCCCCAAUGACGCCUUCUUAUCUAGGCCAAUGGAGCAAUCACACAAUUCCUGAAAAUCCAUUUUGAGCCCCUUUUCCCUUGAUUUAAUAAUGAGUUACCUCUGUAAUCAUGCUGCGGUGGGAAUGAAGGGAGGGUAAGGGUGUCCACUUAUAGUAAUUGUGAGGCCAGUCAUAUCUCACAAGUACUGCGGUUCAGUAUGUUGACUGGUGAGUGUGAAGUUUUUCUAGCUUCCUUGUGUCAGCUGCCUUACAGACUGUGUGAUGGUUGGCAUUCCUCUGCCAUCAAGCAUGACAAGAGCCCCAUUAUGGCCAAACGCUCUAAAGCUGUGAAGGGCUGUUGAGACAACUUGCACUGAAAGUACCUGUAGCACAUUUACAUGCCAUCACAAUAGCAUUUGAACUGAAGUAGUCUGCGGUCACAGAUAACUCAAAUCUCUCACAACAUUUCUGAGGAUGUUAUAAAAUUUCACAUUUUCAGCUUUCAAGGGGUCUGUAUAUUUAUAUUUUUAAGUCCAUUUAAAAUGAUAAACAGUAGUUUUUCAUAACCAAUUUGAGUUUUUUUGCUGUUAAGAUAUCCAUGUAAACACUGCAGUCAUAUGUGAAAAACAGCUUUUUGCUGCACUCACACGAGUUGUAAUUGUGCUGUUGCAAUAUGUGCUGCACAAUAUGUUAAGAUUUUGGACCUUAUUAAAAAUGAACGUUAACACA